CGAUCUUUCGUGUCUUCUAAAAACCAACAUGAAACACCUGAGAGUCAAAGAUGAACGUUGUGGCGAACACAAACAUAAUCGCGAUAUUUCUACGGGCUCAUUUGGCUUUUCCGGUGUUUUUAUCGCGACGAAAAUCAAAUCGCGGAUUUGGCAGAAGAUCGUUUUCUUUCUUUUUGAUCCAGCUACGAUUUUCUUUCAAAUUUUAACCUCAAUAAAACUUUUCUUAAAUAAUCCGGCCCUCCGAAUAGAACGUGCACAAUUUUAUCAUCUCGAGUCUUACGGAGAACGGGAACGACUCGAGAAUAUUGCGAACUUUCAAACGCUCAUAGAAUUCGCUCUCCGGAAACUCAAAUUGGGAUAAACAAUCUCAAGAUUUUCCAUCAUUUCGGAACGAAUCUCAAGUUCGCAUCUCAAAAAAAUUUCAAAUCAAUGGAAAUCUACCGACGCAGUUCGACAGUCGACCAUUCGUUUACGAAAUAGUUGUCAGGAAAAUCGAACUUUUUUACCGAUUAUUUUCAUUGAAGACUCUAUUUCGCAUUGAAAUAACUCUAUUCGAGGAGAUGACCACUCUUUGGUAAGUACGCACACACCCCACAACCAUCUUUGGCUCCUGGCGUUGAGCGAUUCGUAAGCUAAAUUUUCACUCCGAAAAGUCUUUGAUCCGUCUACAAGUAUUCCUCGGUCGUGACGAAAUUCAAGAAAAUCAUGUGAAUUAUCAAGUAUAAAUAAAACACACACGAACGUUCUAGUACUCAAUACGAACAAGAGAAAAUAUCGAAUCGCUGAACGUCUCUGUAUAAAAUGUUGUGUAUAUUUGGACAAUACAAAGCAUGUACCUAAGUGGAAAGUUCGAAGGAAACACGAAAUUAUUAUCGUUAUUCGAAUUCUUUUACUGAAAUGAAAAAUACAAAAUGGACGAUAAGAAAGUGCAGGAUAGAAAUGUAAAAUGGAAAGUUUCCUUCGAACGAGCCUAGAUGUUGAAUACUUUUAUGGACAGAGGGAUUUGCCUCGAGAAUAUAUGAUUUUGUUGUUUAUUUAUCAUUUUGUUAUAUCGUUUUGAGCGUUGUUUACUUUGAUUGAAAGAAUGAAAUAAUUUUAGCGUGGACGAUGAUCUCUCUGUCCAUCGAAUUACGAUGUUUACAUGUUGUCGAUAUAACAUUCCCACGCUUACGUAAAGGCACUAAAUGCCGCACUUGACCAGGCGUUGGUCAUAGAAACAACAACAAAAACGAAGAAAGUCAUACCCUUGCCCUCCCACUGACGAUCGAUAUAGCUCGUAAUUAAAGUCCCUUUCGAUUUGGUCGCCACCGGAUCAUCAACCUUUGUCCACCCUGCUCAGAUAUUUCUUUACGUAAACGUUUAUUAUGCUUAUAAUAAUUUAAAAAUACAUAAAUAUCUAUACGCCUAGAAACAUAUUUGUAAAAUGUUGAAAAUAUUCGAAGAAUUCAAUUCGUCCGAAGGGCGUUUGUAACGUCUCGACGAUAAUUUUUCGUCGUCCAUAAUGCUCACGUACGUGUCCGUAAACUUAGCCGUUUCGCGCAUAAUAAAAAUCAAGACGUGGGAAGCUCCUUUGAGGGGAGUACGCGCCGGGGAUAAAAAAUAUGAAAAAGUGUGCGUUACGUCAGCCUGAAAAUAUGGCGAUUAUUGAUUGGUUCUGAUGCAUCGAGGUCUUCGACGACGAAAAACGACUGACGAUGAGCUUCGAGGGCGAUUUUAAGUGUCGAACGGAAAAUGCGUUUGAAAAAAUCUGAUAACCUCGAGAAUUUCUACUGUCGAAGGCGGAUAAUGAGAGAGAACAAACGAAGAAGAAACUGCAUAACGCCGGUUGAUUGGAUCAAGAGAGAAGCAGGCGAGAGAGUGUGAUCGAAGAUCCUUUGACUCGAUCGAGUGUCGACGAAACGUCGCAUUCGCGACCUCCCACGCCCGAUCGUAAGGCGAGUAUUAUCAUUUCAUUAUUUCCGUUCUUAUUAUUUUUGGUGUUGUUUACGGCGAUGAUUAUUUUGUUCAGUUGACCUUUCGUAUGUAUUAUGUGCUUUUCUCGAAAUAUUCGUUCGCUGCAACAUCGGCGAGCUCGUCGAGUGGCCUGGUUGCAGCAUUUUUUGUCACAAACAAAAAAUCGAUUUUUUAUUUUAUUCCGUUCGGAAUUGCGUACGUUUAGCGAUAAGCAAACAAUGUACAUGUCCCGAGACUCUUGGUUCUCUCCCAACGUUCGCAAAAGCAGUCGCGCAAUGACCCGCGCGUCCUUCGAAACGGAGAAACUCGAGCGGAGGGUCUCCCCGCCGAUUUGUCGCCUGUUUUACUCUCCCUCUCUCUCUCUUUUUAACUUUUUUUUUCAACCGGUUUUCGAGGAGAUCGAGCAUCGAGACGACUCGUUCUCACGAGCUCGCGAACUUGGAAAAAUUACAUGCCCCUGGUUUAUCCGGUUGUCGCGUGACAGCUCGCAAAAAUACUGCCACAGUUUUCAUAUUUUAUUGACAUUUUGCACGAAAAUCGUGCAGUUUGAAUACUUUUUAUGUUCAAUCUGUGCAUCGACACAUUUUUGGGUUUUUCGUUACGUUUUUCCGACGUGUGCUCGCACAAUUUACGUUCGGCUCUGUGAUUUCAACAUUUUUUUACGACCACAACGGGCCUGGCUGCAAAAUGCUUUUGGUGCGCUGGUCCGUUGCGCGUCUUUCGCCCUUGAAGCAUUUACUGAAAUAAUCUAAUUUGAGAUUGAGAUUGAUUCGACUGUGCAAUUGCAAGUUUUUCAUAAUUUUAAAUGACUUUUUGAUGAAGCAUCAUCGAUUGUAAUAUAAGUCUCGUUUUAAGCGAAUUUUCGAAUACUUGUCCAGGGUUGAGAUUCAGAGACGAGGAUUGACGCAUUGUAACGAACAAAAAGAGGUUCGAUGCUGACGAGUAUCGAGUUUCUGUUUUUAAUUCGAUUCGUUCUUUCAAUGCUUCAUUUCGAGUUACAUUCGUUUUCUGUCUCAAUGCAAUAAGUUUAUUUAUAUCCUAAAUUUCGGUCGAUACUUUUUCGACAGCAACGAAAUAUCGCACUAUUUAUGACGUGGAAAAUAAAAAAAAAAGUGAGUGCCAAGUACGAGAAGAACUUAUGGGAUUUCGAGAAGAAAUAUCGAAGAGAGCUCAUUGAAAAUUCGAAGCGGAGUUAGCCUGACGUGGAGCCUGAUUCGAAAGAAGGUGAGAAACCGUUUUUUAGAACUAUGACAUUUUUUAUUCUCACGUUAAUCUGUGUGAAAUGGAGAUUUACGAUUGAGAACAAUUGCGUUCCCAUAAAUCCCCUGUGCCUUUGACUCCUACGAUAACUGUUUCGUUAUCACCUCGUGGCGAAAGGAAAAGCAGGUUUAUCCUUCGCCACGGUACAUUUUUUCGAUUGUUUCUUUUUUCCUACGUCGCGUACCACAAUCGUCUAGUCUCUCUCUUUUUCUCUAUUUCUGUCUCUCUCUCUCUCUCUCUCUUUCUCUUUCUCUUUUCUUUUAAUAAUCCUCUCUUUAGAGAGUUUGUUGACAAACGCUCAAGCACAAUGCACGGCUCGCAGAAUCACUCGCAAAAUGUGUCAAACUCAUGAAUAUUGUUACAAUAAUUAUCUGUAAGCCACCGCCUGCCUUUUAUCGACGUCGCAAAACAAACAAAAACACGAAAAAGUUGACGAAAAAAACAAAAAAGAAAUAAAAAAAAAAAAAAAAAAAAAAAAAAUGAAUAAAAUUAAAAAUUUUGGUAAAUGCAGUUGUGAUAUAAAGCAAAGUAAAUGAAUCGAAAAGAAAGAAACCCACGGAAAGUUGAGUACCGCAGGGGAAAAUGUCCCAUGCAUUGUUGUUGGGUUUUGUCCUUACAGGGAAGGCGAGAGCUUCGGUGGAUUGUCGGGGAUGUUACGUCAGAUACUAUCGCCAUCCCCGGAAACGGGUGACUUAGGUCCUUCGAUAACGGGCUGUUUCAGUCUUCUUCAGCCUAGCAUCUUUACGAAUUAUCCGAUGAUGUUAUCAUCGACGUUUCAAAUGGCGCCACCGCAGCCGGCUCAACCGUCGUCCUCGUCAUUGACUUCUUCGUCCUCUUCGUCGUCGUCCUCGUCGUUUUCCCCAUCGUCGGUCUAUCACGCAUUGACUCAUCCGUCAUCGUCUUUGUGUUCGUCCUCGUCCUCUCUCAUUUCUCUCGAGCAAGUAUCGAACAACGAUCAUUCGCAUGUUCACAUCGAGACACAGCAGCAGCAGCAGCAGCAGCAGCAGCAGCAGCAACAGCAACAGCAACAUCAACAUCAGCAACAACAGCAGCAGCAACAAUCACAAUGUCAGAGUUGCGGUCUCGAAUUUCGCAGCAUCGCGAAGCUCAAUUAUCACAUAAGAACUUCGCACUCUUAUCACACGACGAUCGACGUAAAUACGCUUAUUUCACGUCGUAACGAGAUCAACGAGACUCACAUUAAGUUCUCGUGCGCCCUCUGUCCAAGGAUAUUUCCCACACUGAGCCACCUCCGGAUGCACGAGAUGGCGCACACCAGUUCACUCGGCUCCUCCUCCCCCUCUUCCUUCUUCUUGCAAAAUAACUUCACCAUGAGCUCUUCGUCCUCAACUUCAAUCAGCAACAACAACAACAACCACAAUGUCACCUCGGACGUCAGCAGCGAGCACACCUUCCCCUGUGAUCGUUGUCAAGCCACCUUUCGCUAUCGUACCCUCCUCGAACGUCACAAAAGAAUCCACGCCGUUGUUCCCGACAAACCUUACUCUUGCACACGUUGUCCCAUGAGAUUCGAGACGAGAAAUCUGUACAAUCAUCACGCCAAAACGCACAAAGGUGGUGCAGCCUCCUCUGCCACACCGAGCGAACCGACCACCUGCGGCGCUCCCACGACCUCCUCCAACCUCAUUUCUGGCAUAACGACCAACAGCAACGCUUCUUCUUCUCCUUCUUCUUCGCCGAACAACGACGCGACGGUUUUCAACAAACCGUCUUAUCCCUGCGACUCUUGUACCAAACAAUUCACUACCAUUGAGUCGUUGACGAAUCACAAAGCUGUCCACAGACUGAGACCCCUCGUUUGUGACGUUUGCGGCAAGGGCUUCACCCACCGCAAAUAUUACGUUGUUCAUCAGCGCAUUCACACCGGCGAGAGACCCUAUUUGUGCGCAAUGUGCGGAAAAUCCUUCACCCAAGCAUCAACCCUCACCGUCCAUCGGCGUUAUCACACGGGCGAGAGACCCUACACCUGUACGUUGUGCGGCAAGGGAUUCAUCUCCAGAAAAUAUUUAACCAAACACAGACGCACUCACACUGGCGAAAAACCUUACACCUGCUUCAUUUGCGACAGCAAUUUUACUCAACGCUCGAGUCUCACGAAACACCUUAAAUUACACGACACCGGAGACAUCGAAGAGCACACGAAAUGACUAUUCGUCUAAUUUCAUCCACUGCUUUUUCCUUUCGUCUUUCAUUACAAAAUCCUUUUUUUCCGUGACGUCUAUUUCAUUCCACAUUCAACGAUGCCAAAGAUAAAAAGAGAUGUACAAACAUUGUGAUACUUGCAGAUUACUUUAUUUACUAUAAAAAUGCACGAUUCUUUGUUUUUUUGGAACAUAUUUUCCAAGUCGAUCAAUUCGAUUGUUCGAUCCCGUCCCAACUCAUCAGAAUCGUCGAAAAUUUCGUUUUUAUACUUCCCAUGAGAAAUGAUAAUCUCCAAAAUUGACAAUGCAACAAAAAAUCUGAUUGGAAACGUCCAAAAGAUACGAAUAAAUUCUGUCAGAGUCUCAAAGAAUCUGAAUAGCAGUGAACUUAGUUCGUGCGAAUAAUGUACGUUGAUGAAUAAAGGCCAAUCAUUUGAAUACCA